AUGUCUUGGCAAUGCCCAAAGCCGCUCGAGGGCAACUCGUCGGACAAAGCGUGGCCACGCAUCCUGAGAAAUACGCGUUGCAAGUUUACCGCGGGAUGGCUUAAGUUGAAGUCACUUCAACCUGAUGGAAGCUUCCAAGCAGCUGACCAUCCUCUCCCUGAUCUCGCCAUCACCGACGGCCCCUAUUUGGUCUCCAUCUCCGUCUGCUCCAUGCGCGAGCUGAUCGACGGCGGCCAAGGUGGUAGUCCGCAGCUGGACCUCGACAUCGCCCUGCUGCUGGAAGAAUGCGGCCACGUUGACCACCUUCUCAAUAGCGCUGCCAGUGCCCACAACCACAACGCUGCUGGCAUGCUCCAGCCCGAUGCCGCUCCCCUGGGCAUGCUGCAACGCCUGCACCCUGGCGGAGAGAGGCAGGGCCUUUCCGGACAGACGGGCGGUGGGAACCUGGGGGUGAGUGGAGGAGGCGGUUCGAAGACUCUUGUCCAGCUGCUUCCGCACACGGGUGGUGACGGCGCGGAAAGGGGAUCGCGGAUUCACAUGGAGGCGGAAGGCGGCAUGAGAUGA